AUGAACGAAUAACAAGGAUAAUUAAAUUAAAAUAAUCCAAAUUCACCUUAAAGAAAUGAAAAUAAUUAAUAAAUUCAACCAUAAAUAAUCAUUUAGAAUAUAGAAUUUGAAGAUCGAAGAAAAGAAAUUCAAGCAAAUAAUACUUAAAUAGAUAUAAGUGGAUUACAGUAUAUAUUUUUAUUCAUAAAAUAAGGGAAGAAAUUCCACUAAUUUAACAUAAAAUAAACCAAAAUCAAAGAACCAAUAAUAACUUUGGUUAGAGUUAAAAUACUAAAAGUCAAACAGAUUUUAGAAGAAGUAUUUAUUUAAUACCUGAUGAAACUAUGAUUGAUUAAGGAUACUCAUUUUUUGUAAAGGUAAUAAAAGUUACUAUUUAUCAGAUUCAUGAAAAAUAAAAGAAUUAAAAAUAAUGUUGUAAAAUAUGUUGCCUUUCAACUGGUUCUCAUACUUUUUGUUGUAAUUCAGAAAAAACAUAAGAAGACUUUAUUCAGUUUGGAGUUGGUAUAAAUCUAUAUUUUCGGUUUUUAAAAAAGAUUGGGAUUUACUUUAUAAUCUUUACCUUAUUGUCAAUUCCACAAUUGUUUUUUAGCCUAUAAUGUAUAUUUAAUAGAUUAUAUUAGCUAAUGUUGUAAGCUAUUCUGGAAAUACUUUUAAUAGAUUUUUGAUUUUUUUAAUGGCAACUACUAUUGGUUCUACAAGUUUAAAAAAUAAAGAUUGUUAAAUAUAAUAUUUUAAUACAGUUUAGGCAGAAUUUAGUUUGAAAUGUGAUUCAGGGAAUCUAGCUGGGUCUUCAUUUUCUUUUGGCAUUAUUAAUUCAAAUGAAUAGGAUUGCAUAUUUUUAAGUAAAUCUGAAUUAAAUUUAAACACAACAAAUUCAUAAAGUUUGAAUUAAUUAAGAAAAUAAAUUGAUUCUUAAGAAGAAUUUUCAUUUACAUUGUCAUAAUUGGAUUUUAUCAAUGAAAAUCCAUAAGGCAAGAGGAUUUAUGUUGGAGCAUCAUGUAAAGAAGCUAUAAUAAAUAUUGGUUCUGUUGAAAUUUAAUAAAAAAUAAUACCAUUUAUUUUUGCAUCUUGUGAUGCAGUAAUUGUUAUUUUAUAUAUUUUUUUUUUACUUACUUUAACUGUAAGUGAAUAAAAAUAUAAAAAAAUUUCAUAAAAAGAAACUCCAACAUUAUAGCAUUUUUCAAUUCAGAUAUCGAGUCUACCUAAAAGUUAAAAAUUAAUUAAAGCUUUAUAAAAUUAAGAAAAUUAACAAUAUAAAUAAUUAUUGCUUUAUGAAGUGAAAAAAUUCAUUGAUGAUUAAUUGAAGUCUGUUUUAAAAGAUUAAGAUUUGAAGAUUUAUGAUAUUCAAGUUUCAGAGAAAGAAAAAAUCUUAUAAUUGUAAUAAGAAUUAUAAAAUAAAAAACUUAAGAUUUAGGAGUAAUUAAAAGAAAUUAAAAAAAAUAGAUUAGAAUAAUAUCAAGAAGCUCAAAAGCAUCUUGAAGAAUCAAUAAUAACAAAAGAAUCUUAUAAUAAACUAUUUUAAAUUUUGAAAUAAUUAUGUUAAAAUCCAAAUUCUGAAAAAUAAUUGAUUGAAAUUGAUCAAAAUAUUCAAAAAUACUGGAAUGAUAUUGAUGAAUUAUCUAACAAAAUUGAUCAAGUAUAAUAAGAAGGUGAUUCUAAAUAUAUCUGGAUCACUUUUGAUACAAUGAAAUAAAAAUAAAAAGUUUAAGAGAAAUUAUAAAGUUUACCUAAGGAUUGGUUGUAUUAUUAUUGUUGUUUUUGUUGUUUUGAUGAAAAUCAAAAAAAAGAUAAAUUGUAUUCUUUUUUAAUUAUUUAGUUUACUUAAAAAGUUUAAACUUUAAAUUAAGGAUGCACCAAUUCCUGAAAAUAUAAAUUGGAAUAAUCUUCAUUAUUCUAGGAAAUCAAGAAUUUGUAGAUAACUUUUGAGUUUAUUUCUAACUUUAAUCUUUUUAGGAGGUUCAUGGGUUUUGAUAAGUUGGGUGAAUCUUUAAAAGACAGAUUUUCAAUAAUAAUAUCCAUCUAUAAAUUGCAACAAUAAAAUAUAUAACUCAAUUACUAUAGAAUAAGUUUAACAAGAAAUAGACGGUAAAACAACUAUAAAAGGAUAUGUUGAAUGUUACUGUAAACCAAAAGUUGCUGAAUUUCUAUAAGAAUCUCCAGAAAUUUGCUCAAAUUGGAAGGAUAAGUAUUUAAAAUAAUAAACAUUAUCAGGGGUUAUCGUAGGAGGAUUAAUAGGAAUAAAUGUUAUAAUAUAAUAUUUAUUUAUUUGUAAAAAUAAGCUAAAUUUUAGUUUUAUCUAAAUGGGAGAAGCAUUUGAUGAUUUCUGAAGAAUAUUCAAGCAGAAUUCUAAAAAUAUUUUUAGGUCAAUUUUUAAACACUGGAUUGAUUCUUCUUCUUACUAAUAUAGAUUAUGGUAAUUACACAAGAAAUGAUAUUCCUGAGACUAUUAAAUUUCUUUUUGGAGGACAAUAUGGAGAUAUUGAUUCUAAAUGGUGUCAAAAUAUCGGAAUCAUUUUGGUAUAUAAUAAAUUCUAUCCAAUAGUUAUUAACCUUAUUGAUUAAUAUUGCGACAUAACCAGUCAUGCUAUUAGUGGAAUUAAUAGUAAGAUAUAUAAGAAAAGCCUGUGAUUAAUGCUCAUUAUGUUUAAAUGAAAAAAAAACUAGAGCAAAAACUUAUUAAGAAUUCAAAGAGUUAUAUAAGGGAGAAUAAUUUAGAGUUGAAUUAAGAUAUGCUUAAAUUUUGACAGCCCUAUAUAUUUGUUUUAUGUAUAGCCCUGCUUUACCAUUCUUAUUUUUAAUUACACUGCUAACUAUUUGGUUCCUCUAUAUUGUAGAUAAAAUUGCUAGUAAUUGUUUUUACUUUUAUUAGUUUUCAAAACUUAUAGCAAACCAAUUAUGAUAGAUUCAGUGGUUAGUGAUUCUGUUAGAAAAUAUUUAUGGAUUGCACUUAUUAUUCAUAUAGGUUUUGCAACUUAUAUUUAUGGAAGUUCUAAUUUAUUUUAUGAAACUAUUGAAGCAAAAUUAGUGAUUGAAUAAUUAUAAGAUGUUUAUGGAAAUUAAAAUAUAGUAGUAGAAUGGUUGGAAAGAGCUUUGAGUUAAAUUCCAAAUAUCGUUUUAUUUGCAAUACUUAUUUUGGUUUUAUUGAUAAUGUUUUUAUUCUUCUUUUGUUAUAAGCCAAUAGUUGGAUGUUUUUAAAAAUUUUGUGCUUGUUGCAAAGUAAAGAUUUUUAAAAAUAGUUCUUCUGGGUUGGAUUAAUAAGAAUAAAGGCCAUUUUUAAAAUGUAAGAUUAUUAUAUCUAUUUGAGUUUUAAAAAGGGAAUAAUUAAUAGACGAUCAAAAAUUUACUUAAUUUUAAAUGAUGUUAGCUCCUUCUAUUUAUGAAGAAAAAUAUCUCAAAUUAUAAGCAGAAUUAUUAAUUCCUUUUGGAACCAAUAAUAAUGAUGCUCCAAUUGUAAAUUAAGAUAUUAGGAUUGAAUAAUUACCUUUAGCAAGGAGUCAAGUUAAUUAGUCAGAUAUAAAUUAAAGAUCUUAAGUUUAAUAAAAUAAUCCUGGAAGUUAAGUUCCUUUAGCUUAAAGUCAAAUUAAUUAAAUAAAUAUAGAAUAAAACUAAACUACAAAUAAUUAGUAGAAAUUAAUUGGUUUAAGAUCCUAUCACAAAGCAGUAUCAUUUUUUGUUUAUUUUAGUAUAAUAAAUAAUAUCGAAAAUAUUAUGAGUGGGAGAAAAUGAAAGCAAUAAAUAUUUUAGAAUGA